AUGAAGAAAAGUGUUAUUGUGCAGAGAGGAUUGAUAAUCUUGGGUGAAGAUAACAGCGAUGGCAAUGUUUUGAGCGAUGGAGACAAUAGAGAUGAUGGUGAUGGUGUUAAUAAUAGUGAUUUGAAGGAAAUGAAAAAUUUGAUGAAAAUGAUGAAUCUGAUAGAGAAGAUGAAUCUGAUGGAGACAAUGAAUCAGAUAAAGAUGAUAGCGAUAAUGAUUAUUCAACCUCCAGAGAUGAAGAUUUGGUGA